GUGUGGUUUCCACUGAACACGGGGAAGUUCUUCAUCCUGCUUGGAUUCUACCUUUAGCCCUGGGGAGCAUUCUCUAACACAUCCAAACUACCAUCCAGACUCAAGAAACCGAGGUCCAAAACAGGUCAAGAUGGGGUUUAUAUUCUCAAAAUCUAUGAGUGAAAACAUGAAAAACCAACAGGAGUUUAUGCUUAUGAAUGCUCGACUCCAGCUGGAAAGGCAGCUAAUGAUGCAGAAUGAAAUGAGAGAAAGACAAAUGGCCUUGCAGAUUGCUUGGUCUCGGGAAUUCCUCAAAUAUUUUGGAACCUUUUUUGGCAUUGCAGCCAUCUCUUUAACAGCUGGAGCAAUAAGAAGGAAGAAGCCAGCCUUCCUCUUCCCUAUUAUUCCAUUAAGCUUCAUCUUCACAUACCAGUAUGACUUAGGAUAUGGAACCCUUCUACAAAGAAUGAAAGGUGAAGCUGAGAACAUACUGGAAACAGAAAAGAGUAAGUUGCAGCUGCCAAGAGGCGUGAUCACUUUUGAAAACCUUGAAAAAGCCAGAAGGGAACAGAGUAAAUUCUUCAUAGACAAAUGAAAUCAUGUUUACCCACCAAAUCUCAAAACACAUAAUUAUUAACUUGAAUCAUGGUUUUUACAAAUUUUUAGAUGAUUGAGAUUUUGAUAUAAUGGAUUUUAUUUUACAAUAUUAAAAUGCAAGAUGAGUUUUGUUAAACUAUUUUAAAAUAAAAUUUAUAACAUCAACACAAAAUCAUGGAGGUAUGCUAAAUAAGUUUCAUAUUUCCUAUAAAUGUGUGUAUUACAAAUAUCUAAAUGUAUAAUUAAUAAAUUAUAUUGUUUUGAAUUCCUGGAA